GUGAAUGAAGAACCGAAGACGACGCCUUGCGUUCAGAAACAGAUUUGGACACAAUUCCUAAAAAAAAUCCUCCACAUUUUGGAGUAAUUUUUCCGUUUCUUCAAUCUCAAGAAGAAGGAGAUGGCAGAAGGGAAUCCGCAAUCGAGGUACGUGAAGCUAACGAGGGAACAAGAAGCGCCAUCCGAGGAUAUCACCCCUGGAGAGCUCAACCAGCCCAUUCAAAUUCCUCAGUUAGGUGUCGAGAAGUGCUUGGAAUGUGGGCAACCCCUACCAGAAAGAUACCAACCCCCAGCUGAUGAAGAUUGGACAACCGGGAUAUUUGGUUGUGCUCAAGAUCCUGAGAGUUGCUGGACUGGACUUUUCUGUCCAUGCGUGUUGUUCGGGCGUAAUGUUGAAACCAUACGAGAAGAAAUUCCUUGGAACAAUGCUUGUGUUUGCCAUGCCAUGUGCGUUGAAGGAGGAAUUGCAGUUGCAGCAGCAACAGCGUUUUUUCACGGUGUUGAUCCCAAGACCUCAGUUCUCAUCUGCGAGACAUUGCUAUUUGCCUGGUGGAUGUGUGCAAUCUACACAGGUCUGUUUAGGCAGUCGUUGCAAAAGAAAUAUCAUCUCAAGGAUUCACCGUGUGAUCCAUGCAUGGUGCACUGCUGCAUGCACUGGUGUGCUCUAUGUCAAGAGCACAGGGAGAUGAGGAACCACUUAUCUGAUAACACAACCACAACAAUGACCGUUGUUUCCCCUCCACCGGUUCAAGAGAUGGACUCCGGCGAGAAGAAGGAUGCUGAAGCUUCGUCUUCAGAGUCUCCUGGUCAUCCAAACACCAAUAUGGAGUUGGCUCUGCAGCCUGUGUAGCAUUCCCUUUCGAUAUAAAACGAGUCAAUAGAAGAUCAACCGGUGCAGAAUUUUGAUGACCCGGAUUUCGUUGUUAGGAUGCGAAAUCUGCAGGUUUUUGAGAAAUUUUUUUUGCCAAUGAGGAUUGUUAUUGGCGUCAAUUUGAAUAUCAAUUUCAUUGCACCCAUGAUUUUGCCUUA